CAAGGCUCCCGUUCAAACACAUCCAUGGCCCGAACCAAGCAAACCGCCCGCAAAAGCACAACCGGGCGUGCAGCCCGUCACCAACUCCACUCCGCCCACCAAUACCCCGACCACGCCGGCCAACUCUACACCGUCGUUGACGGCCCCAGUAUCGGAUGCACGAGCACCACGCCUGCGAUUCGCAAACUCGGUAUCCAUUUGUAUUCUCUGUCGCCAUUAUCUCCUAGUCCGGAAGUGGUGGGUAGACAGCUUCUUGCUAGUGAUGGAAUUACGGGCUGGGGAAAUGCCCGCAAUUAUUGGCCGAGGGUGGAUGUUUAUCCGCCGAUGGAGAGUAUUGACGCGUGUAUUGAGCAUCAUCGACGGGAGAAGGUCUAUCGGGCGGAGAAGAAGCGGGAGAUAGUGACGGGGGUGGCGGAUGCUGCUGCCGCUGCUUACGCCAGGGGUGGUGGUGGCAAUGAUGUUGAUAACGAGGAAGAAGCAGUACAAGAAGCCAUCGCCAAGCUGCGAGGCAAGGAGCCACUCCCCCAUAUUGUUCCGACGUGGUGUUGUUCAGCAAAGUUUUGGACGUCAUACAAUGAUAAGACGCGAUAUCGGAGUUUUAUCCUCGUGGGUCCGGAGGGGUGUUCGACCUGGGAGGAUAUCAAGGCGAUGGGGUUGUGGGUGGUGAAGUUUGACUUGGAUUUCUCGCCGGCUAUGGAGACGGAUAUGAUGGAUUGGGAGCCGGAGUGGGAUGAGGGGGCAUUGAUUGUCGAGAAGACGGGAUGGGUGUGGGUUGACAAGGUGGAGAUGGAUCCGCCGGUGAGUGUGGAGAGGGUGUCGGUGGGUGAUGAGCAGUGGAACGGGGUUAAUUGGGGAAGGGCGGACGGGGCUGUUUAUGGGGAGAAAUCUGCUUUCAGGACGAGUUUAUAUCAUGUGUGGUCUGGUCUUACCUCGUCGUUGUGGGAUUGUACGUAUCGCAUUCCUACUUGCGAUAGGUGUGAUGAUGAGGUGCCGCAUGAGGAGUGUGAGGUGGAGAUGGAUGAGCAUUAUUUUGAUGAUGACGGGCAAUGCGUUGCGUGUCGACGUGUCUUGGAGUACCGACGGCGUAGCAAACGGAUUGCUAAGCGGAAGGUGGAAGAUAUGAAGAAGUAGAUUGUUUAUAACCUUGCUAAUUACUAGAUCACGCCUAUAGACAGAUACAU